CGUGGCUGCAGCCGCAGUCACGGGGCGGGGCCGCAGCGGUACCGUCCUGCAGCCCCCGGGCGCAGCUGGGCGCCCCGCGGCGGCACCCCCAUGGCGGCGCUGGUGCGGGCGGCGGUACGAGCCGCGCUAGCCCCGGCAGCGUCCCUGCUCCAGCCCAAGCGAAGCAUCAGCGGUAGCGGGGCGCGCUGGGAGCCUGUGCGGCCUGGUCUCCCCGUGCCCCUUUCCUCGCCCCUGGCAGGGCUCACUCGGCCCUUCCGCAUCAAGGAGCCCCCGAAGCGUAAGCAGGUGGAUCGGUGGACGGAAAAACGGGCCAUGUUCGGGGUCUACGAUAAUAUAGGGAUACUGGGCGGUUUCCGGAUCCACCCGAAGAGCCUCAUUGUAGGUCCUGCGUGGCUGCGAGGCUGGCGGGGUAAUGAGCUGCAGAGAUGUAUCCGCAAGAAGCAGGUGGUGGGAGAUCGGAUGUUUGCAGACGACUACCACAACCUCAACAAGAGGAUCCGGUUCUUGUACAGGCGCUUCAAUCGCACUGGCAAGCACCGCUAAGGGGCGACUCUCUACUAGGCAUGUAGAACAUAGGUGCAUGGCAGCAGGGUCAAAAUAAAGCCAGCUUUCAUGUGCUCGA